GAUCAGGAGAGCUCAGAGGUUCCCAGAGGUCAGUCUGCCUGGCAGCAUCAGACAGACCUGGACUCCAUAUUUAUGCUGCUGGAGGAGAACAUCGUCAUGUUUGUUAAGAACGAACUGAAGAAGAUCCAGAAGGUUCUGAGUCCAGAUUACCCAGAAUGCUUAGAGAGUCAGAGGGAGGAUGAGGAUGAGAAGAAUGAGGAGCAGAGGAGCAGCAGAGAGGCCUUUCUGAAGAUCACACAGCACUUCCUGAGGAGAAUGAAUCAGAAGGAGCUGGCUGACUGUCUGCAGAGCGAAUUUCUUGGUAGACUCACACUUAAAUCCAACCUGAAGAAGAAGUUCCAGUGUGUGUUUGAGGGGAUCGCUAAAGCAGGAAACCCGACCCUUCUGAAUCAGAUCUACACAGAGCUCUACAUCACAGAGGGAGGGACCGCAGAGGUCAAUAAGGAACAUGAGAUCAGACAGAUUGAAACAGCAUCCAGGAAACCAGACAGACCAGAAACAAGAAUCAGUCAAGAAGACAUCUUUAAAGCCCCACCUGGAAGAGAUGAACCAAUCAGAACAGUGCUGACAAAGGGAGUGGCUGGCAUUGGGAAAACAGUCUUAACACAGAAGUUCACUCUGGACUGGGCUGAAGACAAAACCAACCAGGACAUAAUGUUCACAUUUCCAUUCACUUUCAGAGAGCUGAAUGUGCUGAAAGAGAAAAAGUUCAGCUUGGUGGAACUUGUUCAUCACUUCUAUCCUGAAACCAAAGAAGCAGGAAUCUGCAGGUUUGAAGAGUCGCACGUUGUGUUGAUCUUUGACGGUCUGGAUGAGUGUCGAUUUCCUCUGGACUUCCACAACACUCAGAUCCUGAAUGAUGUCACAGAGUCCACCUCAGUGGAUGUGCUGCUGACAAACCUCAUCAGGGGGAAACUGCUUCCCUCUGCUCGCCUCUGGAUAACCACACGACCUGCAGCAGCCAAUCAGAUCCCUGCUGACUGUGUUGACAUGGUGACAGAGGUCAGAGGGUUCACUGACCCUCAGAAGGAGGAGUACUUCAGGAAGAGAUUCAGAGAAGAGGAGCAGGCCGGCAGAAUCAUCUCCCACAUCAAGACAACACGAAGCCUCCACAUCAUGUGCCACAUCCCAGUCUUCUGCUGGAUCUCUGCUACAGUUCUGGAUGUGUUGGAAACCAGAGAGGGAGGAGAGCUGCCCAAGACCCUGACUGAGAUGUACAUCCACUUCCUGGUGGUUCAGACCAAAGUGAAGAACGUCAAGUAUGGAGGAGGAGCUGAGACAGAUCCACACUGGAGUCCAGAGAGCAGGGAGAUGAUUGAGUCUCUGGGAAAACUGGCUUUUGAUCAGCUGCAGAAAGGAAACCUGAUCUUCUAUGAGUCAGACCUGACAGAGUGUGGCAUCGAUAUCAGAGCAGCCUCAGUGUACUCAGGAGUGUUCACACAGGUCUUUAGAGAGGAGAGAGGACUGUACCAGGACAGGGUGUUCUGCUUCGUCCACCUGAGUGUUCAGGAGUUUCUGGCUGCUCUUCAUGUCCAUCAGACCUUCAUCAAGUCUAGAGUCAAUCUGAUGGCAGAAGAACAAACAACCCCCAGGUUGGAUCUCCACAUGAGUGCUGUGGACAAGGCCUUACAGAGUCCAAAUGGACACCUGGACUUGUUCCUCCGCUUCCUCCUGGGUCUUUCACUGGAGACCAAUCAAAGACUCCUACGAGGCCUGCUGACACUAAGAGGAAGCGACUCAAAGACUGAUCAGACUCUCCUACAAUACAUCAAGAGACAGUUAGAGAAGAGUCUUUCUCCAGAGAGAAGCAUCAACCUGUUCCACUGUCUGAAUGAACUGAAUGAUCGUUCUCUAGUGGAGGAGAUCCAACAGUCCCUGAGAUCAGGAAGUCUCUCCACAGAUGAACUGUCUCCUGCUCGGUGGUCAGCUCUGGUCUUCAUCUUACUGUCAUCAGAAACAGAUCUGAACGUGUUUGACCUGAAGAAAUACUCUGCUUCAGAGGAGGCUCUUCUGAAGCUGCUGCCAGUGGUCAAAGCCUCCAACAAAGCUCUGCUGAGUGGCUGUAACCUCUCACGAAGAAGCUGUGAAGCUCUGUCCUCAGUCCUCAGCUCCCAGUCCUCUAGUCUGAAAGACCUGGACCUGAGUAACAACAACCUGCAGGAUUCAGGAGUGAAUCUAGUUUCUCCUGGGCUCAAGAGUCCACACUGUACCCUGGAAACUCUCAGGUUGAGUUGCUGUAACCUCUCAGAGAGAAGCUGUGAAGCUCUGUCCUCUGUCCUCAGCUCCCAGUCCUCUAGUCUGAGAGACCUGGACCUGAGUUACAACGCCCUGCAGGAUUCAGGAGUUAAUCUGCUGUCUCCUGGGCUCAAGAGUCCACACUGUACCAUUAAAACUCUCAGGCUGAGAGGCUGCAACCUCUCACAAAGAAGCUGUGAAGCUCUGUCCUCAGUCCUCAGCUCCCAGUCCUCUAGUCUGAGAGACCUGGACCUGAGUAACAACAACCUGCAGGAUUCAGGAGAUAAACUGUUGUCUGCUGCAGGGAGUCUGCACUGUACCCUGGAAACUCUCAGGCUGAGAGGCUGUAACCUCUCAAAAAGAAGCUGUGAAGCUCUGUCCUCAAUCCUCAGCUCCCAGUCCUCUAGUCUGAGAGACCUGGACCUGAGUAACAACGACCUGCAGGAUUCAGGAGUUAAUCUGCUUUCUCCUGGGCUCAAGAGUCCACACUGUACCCUGGAAACUCUCAGACUGAGUGGCUGUAAACUCUCACAAAAAAGCUGUGAAGAUCUGUCCUCAUUCCUCAGCUCCCAGUCCUUUAGUCUGAGAGACCUGGAUCUGAGUAACAACAGCUCAGGAGGGAAGCUGUUGUCUGCUGGGAGUCCACACUGUACCCUGGAAACUUUCAGGUUGGAGCCUGGUGCAGUCCAGGGGUUAAGACCAGAUCUGAGGAAGUAUUCCUGUGAGCUGACCAUCGACACAAACACAGUAAACGUAGGGAUCGAGGUGUCUGACAACAACAGGACGGUGACACACGUAUUUGAGGAUCAGCCAUAUCCAGACCAUCCAGACCGAUUCGACCGCUGGCCUCAGCUGCUGUGUAGAGAGGGUCUGACCGGUCGCUGUUACUGGGAGGUCGACUGGAGAGGAAGAGUUUUUAUAUCAGUGAGUUACAGAGGGAUCAGCAGGAGAGGAGAAAGAGCUGACUGUGUGUUUGGAGAGAACGAUCAGUCCUGGAGUCUGAGCUGCUUUGAUGAUGGUUGCUACUCUGUCUCUCACAGUAACAGAAUAACAGCCAUUUCCUCCUCCUCCUCCUCCUCCUCCUCCUGCUCCUCCUCCAUGGCUUACCACAGAGCAGCAGUGUUUUUGGACUGUCCUGCUGGCACUCUGUCCUUCUACAGAGUCUCCUCUGACACACUGAUCCACCUCCACACCUUCAACACCACAUUCACUGAGCCUCUCUAUCCUGGUUUUGGGUUCUGGGCUGGUUCAUAUGGCUCCUCACUGUCUCUGUAGGAGGGAGACUCUCCUCUUGUCCGAUCACAGACUAUACAUAUAAAGAUGGAAGCUGUGCCUCCACAGCCCAGUUUAUAGAAUCAAAUAACUAAAACCAAACUGAUAAAAAAAGAACACUUGAGUUUGUAUUUUGGCUCAUGUCCCAUCCACUAACAUGGAGGGGCGGUUAUAUAACCUAUACUGCAGUCCAGAUGUUUUGGCCUCACUUGUGGGGAGCUGUCAUGUUGGCCAUCGUUAUAUAUAGUCUGUGGUCUGUAGUCUGUAGAGGAAAUGGAUUUAUAAAGACAACUGGAUACAGUGUUGGAGGCGGGGCUCUGUUCAUUCCUAUGAAAGCUGCUCAGUGGCACAUGAAGCCAAAAUGUUCUAUAUAGUCUAUUGGGUCGCUCAAACAGCUCCAUUUUAGUGUUCUGCUAAAUUGAAUGUCAAUAAAACAAUUUAAUCUUACGGCUCUUCUAGACUUUCUGAAUUUCAUUGGACCAAAUUUAUCAAAUGUCACGGGUUGUGACGUACAGGAUCACAAACAGUAUAUUUACUUCACAACUCGAUGCACUCUUAGUGUCUUCUGUGUAUUUCUGACCAGCUGCACUUUCUGCUCCUCUUUAACUUCACACCCAGUGAUGGAACCAAUGCAUUACUAAGUAAUGCCGUUAUUAACGUCGUUACUAACACCGUUACUUUUGGCUGUAAUGACUAGUGUGUUUAUUACUUUCUGAUAUUCAGUAAGGGUGUUACAAUUCCUUGAAUUUAAAUAGAUUUGUUACUCAGUUGCCUAUGUGAAAAGAGCGGACAACUUAGUUGGUGUGGUGCAAGUAAACCAAAUGUACUGUAAUGGUACUUCAUGUAAUUGUCAUGAAUAUAUAUUUAUAUCUAUAGAGACCAAGUCCAUGUUCCAUUUUUAAGCAAUCACUCAGGAGAGGAAGGCAUCGCCAGCCCAUGCCUGACAGCCUCAGGAUAUCGGUGCACAAGGCUAAUUUUUUCAUGCUGGGUAUUUAAUUCAAAUUCAGUGAGAAAUUUGCCUAAUGGUGUGUCAUGAAAUGCAAACAGCAUUGUGAUUAUUUUACAAAACAGCUUUGAUAAACCAAACACCAUUCAGAAAACAAGCAAUUUAAUAGUUGUUUGCUUGUCAAAAAACAUUAACUCAAACUUUUUGCACAUCAGCCUCAUUUCUUAGCUUUUUCAGAGUACUUUUUAUCCAUUUAUUGCAUUUAAAUAACAAUUUGUUCAUUUUUGGUACAUGCCGAUGUGUGCUUCACAUCACUAUCUCCCAUUUCGUCACCAUUUAUAUAUUUUCAUUUUGUCUUGAUUUUUUAUUGUCUUUAUUUUCUUCUUUGUAAUGUACUCAUUAAUAUUCCUUCAUGUAUUCAUUUGUGAAAAGCAGUUUAAA